AUGAUCCGAACGGGGUGGUCACGGCUUACAACCGGAUGGGGUACAACCACUUCUGCAGAGAGCGCAGCCAUAGAACAGCUCAUCAGUACCCAUCGGGCGCUUCUCCUAGACGGAGGACGUGCCGAGGUGGGUAGCGAAGCUGGCUACAGUGCCUGCGCCAUCUUUCUAAGUGCGGUAGAGACUACGGCCAAGACGUUUGGACUUGAGGCUGCUCCGCGUGCCUACCGCAAAAGGUUCUCGGCGAACUACCGUGCACUCUUCCCAGACGACGCACGGCAUUACCGAGUGGACGUACUUGAGGCCAGUGCAGACCAGCAUUCUGCCAUUUGGGUGAACGGGGACAAGUUCGAACUGAGCCCAGAGGCAAUUUGCCAUGCCGAAGCUUUGCAAAAGGCUUGGGCAGAAUUGUCCCAACUCGUCGAGGCCUGCGCCGGUCCCGACGGAAACACUGCCAGACAUCCGGCGCGAUCCGAUCUUUGUACAGUCCUGGAAGCUCUGGAUGCGGCCUGGGCAGGCUUCGAACACAAGUAUAUUGCUGAGUUGAUUGACAUCGAAGAGCAGGCUCGAAGGCUCAUCAUCAAGGCUGUGGAGCUGGAGGCCCGACUAUCUAUGCUGGAGGAAAACGUGGGCAAAGGCAAAGAAAGUCAGGAUGUGCAGAGAGCGCUAGUGCAAGGGAUUGCGCAUCUCAACUCCGUUGCCAAUUUCCGGCGCAAGGGUCGUGAUGACUUGGGCUAUGAUAUUUUGGAGUCUGCAGCCGCAGUCCUCAGCAGAUUCAGUCUCACCAGUAAAGAUAUCGUGGCAGCUGGCGAGGGCAAGGGCUUCGCAGCAGCUGCCAUCCAAGAUGCAGUGUCAAGAAGUGCCGGCGUGUCCAUGGCAGUGGAUGUGGUUGGCUCCUUUGAAGCGAUGCGCCGGUAUCUGCGAGAGGUGAAGAAGUGCCUCGAGCGAGUCGACCCGCAUCUUUGCAACAAUGUGGGGCUCGUCGCAAGGCUCGUGGACUGGGAGGAGAGCUGGGAGAUCGGUUCUCGGUACGUCCGGCAAACGGUGCUUUUUGACGCGAACAACGACGUCGCUGCUCGGCCGCUGUGGAAGUGCCGGCCGCCUGCGGCAGAGAUCUGUAAGAGAGUUCCUGGCCAGGAUCCAAUCCCAGACCACGCGCUACCACUACUACUGCUUUCCUGCUGCUGCUACUGCUAUCCCCACCCCGCCUCUUCUUCAGUAGGCUUGUCACAGGACCUACCCUACCUUAACCGCAAACAUAAACUAACCUCAAGUAACCUAGCCAAUCACUACCACCACCGACAUACCUUCCUGCCGCCCACUGCAAGCUCACCGGGUCGUCGGCCACCGUUGCUCUGCAAAGUGAUCAUGCAGAUGCUCACUGUGUCACGCGGUCUUGCAGUAAGUUCGACUCUCGAAUCCGGACAUGGAAGAAAGCUUGCUAUGGUAAUGCCGAUGCGCUGUUGA